AUGCAAUACGUGCGAUCCCUGUCCGGCUCCGUCUCCAAGACGUGGAAUUCUAUCAACCCGGCCACGCUGUCAGGCGCAAUCGACGUCAUUGUAGUCGAGCAAGAAGACGGCUCUCUUGCAUGCUCACCAUUCCACGUCCGCUUCGGCAAGUUCUCGCUACUCCGACCGUCGGAAAAGAAGGUCGAGUUCAAGGUCAACGAUGAGCGUCGCGACUAUCCCAUGAAGCUGGGAGAGGGGGGUGAGGCCUUCUUUGUCUUCGAGACGUCGUCCAGCGUGCCCGAAGCUCUGCAGACGUCUCCCCUGGUCUCACCUGCACAGAGUCCAGACUUCAAGUCGGCAGAGUCGUCUGCUCUCGCCGAGCCAGACACGUUCGACCUCAACUCGCUGUCGGCCACGCUCCCUGCCACCCCCACAUACAACAGAAGAGAGCACGCCAAAUCCAUUGCUGCAAUCAACUUCAACCCCCUCCAUUCUUCCGAACGACGAGCUCAGAGCGACAACGGCCAAGCCACCUCACUAGACGACCAAGCCAUCACUACCGACAACCCUAAGCCCGUACUCGCACACCUCCACCGCUCUGCCACCGACGAUGCCGUUCCCGUCGCAAAGGCAGCCAUCAGCGCCUCGAUGAAGACAAGCGAUCCAUUCCCCGUGCCCGUGGCCUCGGACUCUUCUCGCUCUCGAACCGAACGUUCAUCGAGCCCACCGCCCGUCUCUGCCGAAGAGGCCAUGACAAGAGCUAUCAAUCUUUCGAAGAAGUUGUGGGGCUCCAACAUUCCUUCCCAAGUCACCGACAAGGGCGAUAUCAUGCUGGACAUGACAGGCUACAAGAGCAGUGAAGACGAAGGCUUGCGUGCAGAGGUUCUGGCUAGAAAGAUCCUGUCAGAAGAGCUGGAAGGCAAUUAUGACAUUGGUUCCUUGAUCGGUGCAGACGAGAAGGGUAAUCUAUGGAUCUACAGCAGCGAGGAAGCCAAAGAGCAGGCCAACAGGAAGGUCGCCCAAGGUCUGAAUGUCCUGCAACCAGCUGGCUAUACUUCAACAGACGCUCUGUCGGAUCCUGGUUACCACUCGGAUGACUCUCGCAGCGAAACGUCUGCCACAUAUACUGCUACACACAUGCGACGAGACUCUGACAGCGCUGUGGGUCUGUCUUCAGGUCCUGCAUCUCCUCAAGCUGCUGGUGAUCCAAACCGAAACUACGCAAAGACACUUCGCCUGACAAGCGACCAACUCAAAUCUCUAGAUCUCAAGCCGGGGCCUAAUACCAUGAGCUUCAGCGUUAACCGCGCUACCUGUACUGCCAUGAUCUACCGAUGGCGUUGGGAUGUACCCAUUGUCAUUUCGGACAUUGACGGCACAAUCACUAAAUCCGACGCACUCGGCCACGUUUUGAACAUGAUUGGUCGUGAUUGGACCCAUCUUGGUGUGGCCAAGCUGUUCAGCGAGAUCUCAGCCAAUGGCUACAACAUCAUGUAUCUGACCUCCCGGUCAGUCGGUCAGGCAGACACGACGAGAAACUAUCUUGCAAACGUGGUACAAGACGGAGGCUUCAAACUACCACGAGGGCCGACCAUCAUGAGUCCCGAUCGUACCAUUGCAGCAUUACGACGCGAGGUGUAUCUCCGGAAACCAGAAGUCUUCAAGAUGGCCUGUCUGCGCGACAUCAUGGCCCUGUUUACCGGACUCGGAGGCAGCAACAACGCGGAUGCGGCUGGUCCUACCACCUCGGCCGAGAGCAAAACCGGGUUGGUCGGUAAGUCCAGCGGUAAGGGUGGGUCUCCAUUCUACGCAGGCUUUGGCAACCGUCUCACAGAUGCGCUCUCAUAUCGUUCUGUCAACAUUCCCAGCACGAGGAUCUUCACUAUCAACUCCAAUGCAGAAGUCUCGCUGGAUUUACUAUCACUGAAUACAUACAAGACUGGCUAUGUAAGCAUGCGCGAGAUUGUAGACCACUACUUCCCGCCUACAGCACUACUCGUCAAAGGUGGUGGUGAAGAGUUUACAGACUUCAACUACUGGCGUGAGAAGCCGCUAGAACUUGCCGACUUCUCUGCAUCAGAGAGCGACGACGAC